AAACUGUGGUAAGAAGACUGAGACUUGAAAGAGGGAGUAUCAUCUGACAUCUGACGCGCAAAUGGCUUCCAAACUUAUGAACGCACUUCAAUAUUCUAGCUAUGGUGGUGGAGCUGAUGCCUUGAAGCAUGUUGAGAUUGCUGUUCCUGAUCCAAAGGCUGAUGAGGUAUUGGUUAAGAUUGAGGCAGCAACACUGAAUCCGGUUGAUUGGAAGAUACAAGCAGGUGCUCUACGGCCCUUCUUACCCCGCAAGUUCCCCGCGAUACCUGGAACUGAUGUUGCUGGGGAGGUAGUCCAAGUUGGAUCUACUGUAAAAAGGUUCAAAACUGGUGACAAGGUCGUGGCCCUUCUUAGCCAUGCUACUGGGGGUGGACUGGCUGAAUAUGCCGUGGCAAAAGAGAACCUGACAGUUACCAGACCACCAGAAGUAUCAGCACCUGAAGGUGCAGCCCUGCCUGUUGCUGCCCUUGCAGCUCAUGCAGCUCUUACCCAAUUUGCAAACAUCAAGCUUGAUGGAAGUGGUGAAAGAAAGAACAUAUUGAUCACAGCUGCAUCCGGGGGUGUGGGCCACUAUGCAGUCCAACUGGCCAAGCUUGGAAACACACAUGUUACAGCUACUUGUGGAGCUCGCAACCUAGAAUUUGUCAAAGGCUUAGGGGCAGAUGAGGUUCUCGACUACAAAACCCCAGAAGGGGCGUCUUUGAAUAGUCCAUCAGGAACCAAAUAUGACUACGUGAUCCAUGGUGCAAGCGGAAUCCCUUGGUCCACAUUUGAACCCAAUUUAAGUGCAACAAGUAAGGUGAUAGAUUUGACUCCCACCCCAAGUGCAUUUAUGACUUUUGCGUUGAAAAAGCUGACAUUCUCUAAGAAGCAGCUGAUUCCUCUUCUUGGGAAUCCAAAGAUAGAGAACUUUGAUUAUGUGGUGAAUUUGGUGAAGGAAGGGAUGCUGAAAACAGUCAUAGACUCGAAACAUCCCUUGACGAAAGCUGAAGAAGCUUGGAGUAGGAUAAUGAGCGGUCAUGCUACAGGAAAGGUUAUCAUAGAGCCUUGAACAGAUUAUUUUGAUACAGUCAUGCAGACACCAUAACUUGCUUGACAGUAUAAUGGUAUAUUUUCUUAUAUUGUGUUUGCAUAUAUUGAAGUUACACUUCCUAAUGAGAUGUUAUUAGGUUUUGGGCACAUAAUAUUUCCGUCAACCAAUUUCUAGGCUAUAAACAUGUAACUUGUAAUCUUGUAAAAUUAAUCACUUUUUGUGUGUGUUUAAUUUGCGUGGGAUGAGAAGCGAGGGGGUGUUAUCAAACAUAAUAUACUCUCCAGUAAUUGUACUAUGACGUAUAUUUGUAGCAACUUAUCAACAUGGCAUAAGUAAAAUUUAAUCUUGUAAA